ACAGGAUAUAAAAAUCACAUAACAAACAAAAAUAAUUGAUUUUUAUAAUACAAUAAGUUACAUUUCAUUUAAAAUUAUUAAUGUUAAUCUAAAGAAUGCUUAAAUACUAUUAAUACAAAAAAGUAAACAAAAUUAUCGAGAAUAAUCAAAGAAUUUAUUAAAAUGACCUUAUUGGCUAGUGAGUUAUCGUAUAUGGCUAAUGAUAAAAGAUUAGCCGCAUGUCUAAUAUUAUUUUUAUUGGAAUUAUUUAUAGAUGGAGCAAAAUCGGCUACGAGAGCUGAAAUCGAAAAUCACUUAGAAUUAGGAAAAGAAUUACUAGCAAGAGGCCAGUUGACUGAUGCUCUUAUACAUUACCAUGCAGCCAUUGAGGGGGAUCCUACUAAUUAUUUAACACUUUUCAAAAGAGGAACAGUUUAUUUAGCUUUAGGAAAAACUCGUCUUGCCAUUAGUGAUUUCAGUCGAGUUUUAGAACUGAAACCAGAUUUCAAUGCAGCCAGAAUACAAAGAGGUACAGUUUAUAUGAAGAUUGGAGACUAUCAUAACGCUGCAAUCGAUUAUAGUCAUGCUCUUGAAGCAGAUCCACAUAAUUAUCAAAUAAAUGAGCAUUAUAACCGCUUAAGUCCAGCAUUGGAGCAGUGGGAACUUGUACAAGAAGUUAAAGAUCGGGGCGACUAUAAAACAGCGAUUGUUUUGUUAACACAGUUAUUAGAAAUUUCUCCAUGGUCUACUGAUUUUCGACAAACUAGAGCUGAAUGUUACAUAGAAGAAGAUGAUAUUCUAUCGGCAAUUUCAGACUUACGCUCUGUAAAUAAACUUUCUCAAGAUUCAACAGAAGGAUAUUACCGGAUAGCUGAAUUACUUUAUUCAAUAGGACAUGCCACCAGUUCUUUAAAAGAAAUUCGAGAAUGUUUAAAACUGGAUCCGGAGCAUAAAGAUUGUUUUCCAUUUUAUAAAAAAAUUCGUAAAGUGGAAAAGGCUUUGGCUGCUGCAGAAGAAUAUAGAGAUCAGCAACAAUAUCAGGAUUGUAUUGAGUCGGCUGAAAUUGCUUUGAAAAAUGAAAAAGAAGUUGCUAUGAUACAAUUUAGUGCUUAUCAAUUAUUAUGUAAUUGCUACAUGAGAAACGAACAAUACACAGAAGCAAUUGGUAAAUGUCGAGAAGCGUUAAAUGUGCAAAAGGACGCUGGCGUUCUUUGCGACAGAGCUGAAUCAUAUAUUGGCACGGAAAUGUUUGAUGAUGCCAUUCAUGAUUAUCAGGCGGCUAUUGAGAUUGAUGAAAAUAAUCGACGUGCUAAGGAAGGACUAGAAAAGGCAAAGCGUUUGCAAAAACAGUCUGAACGCCGAGAUUACUAUAAAAUUUUGGGUGUAAAAAGAAAUGCACAAAAAAAAGAAAUAACCAAAGCAUAUCGCAAAUUAGCACAAAAGUGGCACCCGGAUAACUUUCAUGGUGAUGAAAAAAAAAUAGCAGAAAAAAAAUUUAUUGACAUUGCCGCCGCAAAGGAAGUACUUACAGAUCCAGAAAAACGUCAACAAUUUGAUAAUGGUCAAGAUCCAUUAGAUCCGGAAUCCAACACAAUGAAUGGGUUUAAAAAUGGGAAUCCAUUCGCGCAUUUUCAACACGGUUCGCCCUUUCAAUUUAAAUUUCAUUUUUCAUAGAAAAAUUUCAAUUUUUAGGUUACCUUUUUAAAAUUUUUUAGUUAACGAAAAAAUUAAAAAUAGUACGUUUAAUAACAAAAACAAUUUAACAAAUAAAUUUGUUUAAAUUAUUUUUGAUUUUUAUAAAAACUGAAGGUUUUUAAAAUAUGUUUGUAGUUUUUAGAAAAAUUGCAUUUCCUUUCGAACAUAUCUCUUAAGAUUUUCAUUAAUUUAUUUAUAAAAUAUUGCCGUUUGCAUCAUGUACAUAUUCAAGUUACAACCUUUGCGAUUACUGAUUUUAUAUAUUCUCGUUGAGUAACUUUUUAUAAAAGAUUAAAUUGAAUAUGACUAAGAGAGAUAAAUCAAUAAAUUUAAUUAUUAGAAUUGUAAAUUAGUAAAGAAUGAAAUAAAUUAAAAAGUUUUUCAAAUAAUGUACUAAUAAAUUUUAUGAACUAUAGUUUUCUUUGUAUCAAAAGGAAAUUUAUGUAUAUUGAGAGAAAAAGAUAGUACCAAUAUUUUCUAAUUAGGAGC